CAUCCAUCAAUAUAUCAAGAAUCGUAACAGAUGCAAGAUUAGGGUUCGUAAUCAUCUUCUUCUUCUUCCUCUUCAGCGCAGACGUCGGCUACUCUUUGGUGAAGCAAAAAUGGUGAAGGGUCGCCAGGGAGAACGUGUCAGACUCUACACUAGAGGAACGGUUCUCGGGUACAAGAGGUCGAAGUCGAACCAGUACCCGAACACAUCGUUGGUUCAAAUCGAAGGAGUCAACACGAAAGAGGAGGUAGCCUGGUAUCAAGGAAAGCGCUUGGCUUACAUCUAUAAAGCUAAGGUGAAGAGGGAUGGAUCACACUAUCGAUGCAUUUGGGGAAAAGUAACCAGGCCUCAUGGAAACACUGGUGUUGUUCGUGCUAAGUUCACUUCCAAUCUUCCUCCUAAAUCCAUGGGAGCUAGGGUUAGGGUGUUCAUGUACCCAAGCAACAUCUAAGUUUAUAGGGAGGGAGAAGGAAAAUGUUAUUGGUGGUGUUUAAACAUGUUUUGACAGUUUUGUGAUAUUUUCUAUUUGUUCAAGUUAUUUGAAUUUAUGUUGGAAUUGGUAAUUGAACAGACAUUGGAAUGAAUUGUAGUUUUUUAGAAA